CCCUCCAAAUAGCUCAUCUGUGGAAGGUCCGCGCAUUGUCAGAAGGGAGCGGGAGGGAGAACGGCCGCAAAGGAGUCACAGCAUCACAGCAUCAAAACAACUCUGCCACAGAAUCAAGAUGGAAACAGUCCAGUUUUCACAUUCAACAAGUCCUCCUUUCAGAGAGGAUGCCCGUCCACCAGAUCAGCACAGGUUCUAUUUGACCUCACGUCCCAUCAAUUUUAAACACUCCACUGGGGACAGUGAUACCUCACAACAGGUUGCACCUAAUUUCUUCCCCAUGCUGAGCUCCACUCAGACUAACAGAGAAGGGUCCCAAAAGCGCAAAAAGACUCCUUAUAAAAUGGGUGACCAUGAGUUUGAGAGUAUUGAGGAAAGCUGGACGCCCAAAGCGAUCAAUCGCUCCCACUUGCCCUUUCCGUCUGAGCCCAGCGCUCCCUUGCCUGCUCACCCCGGAAUGAUCGAGUUGAGUAGACUGCAGUAUCAUCACAGGACCGCCGACAUUGACCUUUCUGUCCAGGUGAAGCGGGAACAUCUAAGUCCCCCUCCGAUGUGGCCCCCGCCUCCUUUCCUCAUCCAUCCGUCAUACUUCCCACCUCUCCACCACAGCCUCAUCCCAUAUCCCUUCUUCAUGCCUAGCACUGUCGUGCCCUUUCCGCCCAGGGAAGACGUCAGGCCGGCGAAGCACAUUCGCAUUGCCCCCACGAGAGGCGCACCAAGCGGCGGUGAGAAGCCCGGAUUUGACGUUCACGUGGACGACAGCUACUAUGUGGAUGUGGGUGGUGAUCAGAAGAGGUGGAAGUGCCGCAUGUGCGACAAGUCCUACACAUCCAAAUACAACCUGGUCACGCAUAUUCUGGGCCACAAGGGCAUCAAGCCCCACGGGUGUCACCUGUGUGGGAAGUUAUUCAAGCAGCUGAGCCAUCUGCAUACGCACCUGCUCACCCAUCGAGGCAUGAGGCCUCAUAAGUGCCAGGUGUGCCACAAGGCCUUCACCCAGACCAGCCAUCUAAAGAGGCAUAUGAUGCAACACAGUGACGUCAAGCCUUACAGCUGCAGCGUAUGUGGCCGAGGCUUUGCUUAUCCCAGUGAGCUUCGUGCCCACGAGUUGAAGCAUGAAAAAGGCCAGGACAAUGUGUGCGUCGAGUGUGGUUUGGACUUCCCCACUCUGGCCCAGCUUAAGAGACACCUGACCGCCCACCGAGGCCCCACCUUGUACAGGUGCUCAGAGUGCCAGAAGACGUUCCAAUACCCAAGUCAGCUCCAGAACCACAUGAUGAAGCACAAAGACAUCCGACCGUACAUCUGCAGCGAGUGUGGGAUGGAGUUCAUCCAAUCUCACCACCUCAAGCAACACACACUCACUCACAAAGGCGUGAAGGAGCACAAGUGUCGCAUCUGCGGCCGAGAGUUCACGCUGCUGGCAAACAUGAAGCGCCACGUGCUCAUCCACACCAACGUGAGGGCCUACCAGUGCCACAAGUGCUUCAAAAGCUUUGUACAGAAGCAGACACUCAAGGCCCACAUGAUCGUCCACUCUGACAUCAAGCCUUACAAGUGCAAGCUCUGUGGCAAAGAGUUCAACAGGAUGCACAACCUCAUGGGCCACAUGCACCUCCACUCAGACAGUAAACCCUUCAAGUGCCUCUACUGUUCCAGCAAGUUCACACUGAAGGGAAACCUCACCAGACACAUGAAGGUGAAGCACGGCAUCUUGGACAGAGGACUGGAUGAAAGAUUAUUUCAUCAGCGGGGACGCUUCUGCCUCUCCUCUCCGAUGAGCAUUCUGGGGCGUUUCAACCAAAAAGAGCCGUUUGAUCUUUCUCAGAAGCCCUCGGGCCCGUCGGGUCUUCAUCUCCCCCAGUCUGACGGCGAAAGUGUUCCCGGUAGUUCUUGCCAGGAGGAGGAUGAGGACAGUUUGUACAGACAAAGUCAGUACAGCCCUGACGAAUAUCAACAGGAGUCAAGAGGGCGAAUGACUCCGGCUACAGACGGACACUUGAAUGCAUCAUGGGGACGGCUUGAGUCACGCGCUUGUUAUGAGGAGGCUGAGAGAAGUCACAGAGAGUUGGAGGACGGUGCUGCUGAGUCUGAGCAGGAUGAGGAGCUUGACAUUGUAUCAAACAGCUUAAAGACAGAUAAUGUCAGAGAACCAACUGAGCCAAAAGACGAAGGAGAAAAAGAGUAUGAGUGAAAAGAGGAUGCAGGAUUUCCGUAUAUCUGACAGCUAAAAGAUGUGCAGGGGUAUUUAACUACACACAAAAAGUUAGGAAUAUGCAGUUUUCUGGUGAAAUAAAAGGAGGAACACUCAAAGUUUUAUUUGACUAGUCCAGUCCCCCUCAAAGGCCAAUAUUUUUGACUUUAUUGAGUAGUAUACAGAUUGUGUGAGGAAGUAGGAAAUCGUGCAUUAUCUCAGGUGACUGCAAAAGCUGUGAAGAAUGCAUUUUGUUCAUAACAUGUAAGAAUAGCUCUCAGUUGUUUACAGCAUAGAUGAUAGAACAUUCGACUAGAAAAUGUACAUUACUUUUUGACAAAAAAAAAAAAAAAAAAGGUAAAAAUCACCUUUUCUCAUUUCCUCAAAUUGUGGUCUAGCUCUGAUUAACAUCAACAAAUGUUUUUUGUGUGUGUUUUUUUUAAAGCCAAACCGCUAGGAACUCUUAAAUGUAAGGUAGACAUGCUAGCCACUUCAUUGCUUACUUUCUUCACUUCCUUCAAAAUAAACAACUUUGUUUUCAGAUAAAUACUACCUUCAUGUGUCAUACUAUCAUCUUUAUUAAAACACACAUGACACGUUGAACAGACAUCGCUUCGUAAAGCCGUUAUUCAACAUGAAAAGAAAGUAUUGAGUUGCAUAUUGUAUGGAAUAUUGCAUCAGAAAAUUGUGGAAUCUCUAACCUAAGGUGAGUUGUGGUCGGCAUAACGUAAUAUAUCACAUAUUUAUUUAGUUAAAUACAACUUUAAAAUAUUUUAUUUUACAAAUUAGAAAGUUUUGCAAAUGGACUCUGCAUUUG